AUGACUAUCCCCGACGAGGUUGACGUUAUUGUGUGCGGUGGUGGAUCAUGCGGGUGUGUGGUGGCAGGCCGCCUGGCCAACUUGGACCACAACCUCCAGGUGAUGCUCAUCGAGGCCGGCGAGAGCAACCUCAACAACCCAUGGGUGUACCGACCAGGUAUCUACCCGCGUAACAUGAAGCUGGACAGCAAGACUGCCACCUUCUACUACUCCAGGCCAUCCGAAUGGCUCUCCGGCCGCCGCGCCAUCGUCCCAUGCGCCAACAUCCUCGGUGGUGGGUCUUCCAUCAACUUCAUGAUGUACACCCGUGCCUCGGCGUCCGACUACGACGACUUCAAGAUGAAGGGCUGGACCACCAAGGAGCUGCUCCCACUCAUGAGGAAGCACGAGACCUACCAGCGUGCCUGCCAGAACCGUGACCUCCACGGCUUCGAGGGCCCUAUCAAGGUCAGCUUCGGCAACUACACCUACCCCAUCAUGCAGGACUUCCUGCGUGCCGUCGAGUCCCAGGACAUUCCUGUCACGGACGACCUCCAGGACUUGGUCACUGGCCACGGCGCCGAGCACUGGCUCAAGUGGAUCAACCGCGACUCUGGCCGUCGUUCCGACUCUGCCCAUGCCUACAUCCACAGCACCAGGCAGUCUUACCAGAACCUGCACUUGGUGUGCAACACCAAAGUCGAGAAGGUGCUGCUGGAGGGUGAUAAGUGUGUCGGUGUCCGCACCUGCCCAACGAAGCCGUUGUCUCCCACCGAGAACAAGGCGAAGGAGUACAGGUCCAGGAAGUUCACCAUCGUUAGCGGUGGUACUCUGAGCUCACCGCUCAUCCUCCAGCGAUCUGGUAUCGGUGACCCAGAGAAGCUCCGCAAGGCCGGCGUCAAGCCUUUGAUCGACCUUCCAGGUGUCGGUCUCAACUUCCAGGACCACUACCUUACCUUCUCCACCUACCGUGCCAAGCCGCACGUCGAGUCGUUCGACGACUUCGUCCGCGGCGACAAGGAGACCCAGGACAAGGUAUUCGCUCAGUGGAACUUGAACGGCACUGGCCCGCUUGCCACCAAUGGCAUCGAGGCUGGUGUCAAGGUCCGACCAACCGAGCAGGAGCUCAAGGAGUUCAAGAACUGGCCAUUCCCGCAGUUCGUGGAGAACGGAUGGGACCAGUACUUCAAGGACAAGCCCGACAAGCCAGUCAUGCACUACUCAGUCAUUGCCGGCUGGUUCGGCGACCACAUGCUCAUGCCCCCGGGCAAAUUCUUCACCAUGUUCCACUUCCUCGAAUACCCCUUCUCCCGCGGCUUCACCCACAUCACCAGCCCCUCGUGCUACGACGCCCCCGACUUCGACGCGGGCUUCAUGAACGACAAGCGCGACAUGGUCCCCAUGGUCUGGGGCUACAUCAAGUCGCGCGAGACGGCCCGGCGCAUGGACGCCUACGCCGGCGAGGUCACGGGCAUGCACCCCUUCUACGCCUUCGACUCCAAGGCGCGCGCCGAGGACAUGGAUUUGCAGACGACGAACGCCUACGCCGGACCCAACCACAUCACGGCCAACAUCCAGCACGGCUCCUGGUCUGUCAAGCAGACGGGCGGCAAGCCCGUGCAGACGAGCUGGUUGAACAGCAACCAGGUCAGCAUUCGCGACGAGCUGCCGUACUCCAAGGAGGACCUCCUCGCCGUCGAGGAGUGGGUCAAGCGCCACGUCGAGACCACCUGGCACUCGCUCGGCACUUGCUCCAUGGGUCCCAAGGAGGGCAACAGCGUCGUCAAGCAUGGUGUGCUGGAUGAGCGCCUCAACGUCCACGGUGUCAAGGGCCUCAAGGUCGCGGAUCUGUCGGUCUGCCCGGACAAUGUUGGGUGCAACACUUACUCCACCGCCCUGCUCAUCGGCGAGAAGUGCGCCAUGUUGACUGGUGAGGACCUUGGAUACAGCGGCCGUGCGCUCGACAUGAAGGUGCCGGACUACCAGGUCCCUGGCGAGUUUGUUGGCUUUGCGCGCUUGUAG